ACACAGAUCUAAGCUCUUCGGGAAUAUCAAAUGAAUUUAAUAAGAAUAAUCAUAUUUCUAGCCUCAAUAAGCUUGAAUUUGUUCAAAGCAAAUGCCAUUGAGAAUCUUAUAAGACAAAAAUCAUAUGCAGCAUCGACAGAAGUCUUAAAAAGACUUUUGGACGUUGAGGAAAUGCUAGAAAAGAACUUGGCUAGCUACGUGGAAGAGCUUAAAUGGAAACUCGACCUAAUUCAACAAGCACUCAGAAAAUUUCGUGCCGAGGCGAUCAGAAUGAAUUUAUAUUUUAAAACUUAUUUGAGCAAUCCUCUAAAGAGUUUUGCGCUCAUACGCCAUCAGCAACAGGAUUGGCAGAAAUGGGCGCUAUUCAUGAGUGAAACAAUUGGAAAAGAACAUUUGGCAUAUGCGCAUGAAAUGCGCUCAGAACUACCCACAGCUUUCGAUCUUCAGGAGGCCAGUCGCAGUAUCGAGCUCCUAAUUACGUAUUAUGAACUGAAUCCCAACGAAUUGGCAAGCGGCAAGCUAUUAGGAUAUUCCCAGCCAGGAGCUGCUUUAUCGGCAAUGGAUUGUUACGCCUUGGGAAUGUUCAACUAUUUCCAGAAGGAAUAUACGAAAGCUGAAAUUUGGUUAAAUGCCUCGCUUUUGAAAUACGACUCAAGUCAAGAGGCCAAGUACAGUAUCUUCAUUAAUGAAAAAAGCAUCCAUAAGUGGUUGGGUAUCCUUUCGAUUAAACGCAGGGAGAACUCUUUAGGAAUGUGGCAUAUAAACCAAGCAAAAACUGAACACUACGACGGAAUUUUGGAAGAGCACAUUACAAUGGCGACCCUAAAGGAACACUGUGCCGCCAGUUUGCAACGACCCAGCCAUCUGCAUUGUCGCUAUAACAAUUGGACAACGCCGUUUCUUCGCAUUGCACCACUCAAAAUGGAGGAGCUCAGCAUCGAUCCUUUCGUGGUGCUCUAUCACAAUGUCAUUUACGAUAGCGAAAUUGAGUGGUUCCUAACCCAAAGCUUUGAUUAUACGCCCGCUUUGUUGGAUUAUGGAGGAUUUUCAGCGCAUCGCAGCGGCAAGAACGUUUUCAUUGAAUUGGAAAAGGGCGAGCUAGUUAAGACUAUCGAAAUGCGAGUGACAGACAUGUCUGGCUUGAGCAUGGAAGGAUCCGACGAUCUAUCUUUGAUCAACUACGGCAUCGGUGGUCACUAUAUUCCCCACCACGACUCAUUUUCAGAAGAGGAAAAUAAAACGGAAGAUCGCAUAGCUACAGCAUUGUUUUACUUGAGUGACGUUGAACUGGGAGGUGCCACAACAUUUCCCUUACUGAAUCUGACAAUCUCGCCCGAGAAAGGAACUGCUGUUCUGUGGCACAAUUUGAAAGAUUCCGGCACGCCCCAUCCAAAAACGGUUCACGCCGCAUGUCCUGUCAUUGUUGGCUCUAAGUAUGUGAUGACUAAAUGGAUUUAUAACAUGGAUCAGAUAUUUAGAAGACCUUGCCAGGCGAAUUCUUUGAACAGUUAAAGGGAUGCAAUUGCAUUGGUUCGCGUAUAGAAUAAAAAAAGCGAAAGUUAUUUAUUA